AUGAGGAUUCUUUGUGUGGCUGAGAAGCCAUCUAUUGCAAAAGAAGUUUCCCAGAUUCUUGGAGGAGGACGUGUUAAAGUUCGUAAUAGCCGAAGUAAAUACAUCAAGAAUUAUGAUUUCACUUUCAAUUUCAAACCAGAAAUAGGGAAUUGUGAAGUAACCAUGACUUCGGUUGUUGGGCACAUAACAGGUCUUGAUUUCCCACCAGAGUUUGGUUGGGGUUGUUGUGCAGCAGGGAAAUUAUUUGAUGCUGCGUUGACUGAAAUAGUUGACAAGGCAGACGUUUAUGACAAUAUUGCUAAUGAAGCAAGAAGAAUUGAUAAGUUAAUGAUUUGGACAGAUUGUGAUAGAGAAGGUGAAUAUAUUGGGUUUGAAAUAUUCAAUGCGGCAAAAAAGUUCAACCAAUCUCUUGGGCUAAGUCAGGUAUGGAGAGCAAAAUUUUCACAUCUUGAAAGAAACCACGUAAUUCAAGCAGCUAAAAAUCCUAUAAAACUAGAUAUGAGAGCAGUGGCGGCGGUUUCGUGCCGUAUGGAGAUUGAUUUUAGAGUCGGAACGAGCUUCACACGUCUAUUGACAGAUACAUUAAAAGCCAGAGGAAUCAUAGGGAAAGGUGAAGUGGCGUCGUAUGGGACGUGUCAGUUUCCGACAUUGGGUUUUGUGGUUGAUAGAUACAAGAGGGUCAAGAGGUUCAAGCCAGAACCAUUUUGGUACAUUGAAGUUGAAACAAUGAAGGAAAACAAAAAGACUGUAUUUUCUUGGGUGAGAGGGCACUUUUUUGAUAGACAAUAUGUUGCUCUUUUAUAUGAUAAAUGUUGUAAGAGUGGAGAAGAUGGGAUCAUUAGUAAAUUGGAAUCUAAGAGAAAGAAUAAUUUUAAACCAUUCCCGCUAACUACAGUCGAAUUACAAAAAGAUUGUGCUAAAUUUUUCAAAAUGUCAGCAAAGCAAGCUUUGGAUGCGGCUGAAAAGUUGUACAACAAAGGUUUCAUAUCAUAUCCAAGAACAGAAACCGAUAGGUUUCCAAAGGAAACGAAUUUUCAAGGUUUAUUACAACAGCAAACACAGUCCCCUGGAUGGGGUUCAUACACAACACAGUUAUUGAGUGAUGGAUUCGUGACACCAAGAAGUGGUUCUCAUGAUGAUCAUGCGCAUCCUCCAAUCCAUCCUAUCAAGUAUGGUGUUGGUAGUGCAUUGGGUAAUGCCCAAGAACAGAAAAUUUAUGAAUAUGUGGUACGUCGUUUUAUUGCCUGUUGUUCGAAAGAUGCUGUUGGUACACAAACACUGGUGACAAUGAAAUGGGGAGAUGAAUUCUUCACAGCAAAUGGAUUGAUCGUUCUUGAGCAGAAUUAUUUAGAAGUUUAUCCGUACAGGAAAUGGAACAGUUCCCAGGAAUUGCCAAAUUUUACAGAAGGAGAUAGAGUUGCAUUGUCCAAGGGUGUACAAAAAGAGGGUAAAACCAGUGCACCAAAUUACAUGACAGAACCCGAGUUGAUUGCAUUGAUGGAUGUUAAUGGUAUUGGUACUGAUGCCACUAUUGCUGAACAUAUUGACAAGAUCCUUCGUAGAGGAUACAUCGCCAAAUCCAAAAAAGGACAGAAAGAGUAUAUUGUGCCAUCAGCAUUGGGAAUGGGUUUAAUUGAAGGGUUUGAUAAGAUGGAGUUUAGGGAUGUAUCAUUAUCGAAACCAUUUCUUAGAAAAGCUUUGGAAAGGUCAUUGGGAGAGAUUUCUAGUGGAUCACGAAAUAAAGUAGAUGUUUUGAACGAAACAGUAUCGAUAUAUCGUGAAGCGUUUGCUGUUUCAUCUCAGAAAAUGACAACAUUAGUGGAUGAAUGCAGAAGUAUUAUACAGGCAAAUAGUAAUUAA